AUGAUCGCUUGUGAGGAUGUCGUAGCAUCUUUCGUGGACGCGCAAAGGCCUAGCUACUAUGCCUUAUCAUACGUAUGGGGCAACCCAAAGGACCUGCUUCCGAUCACAUUCAAUGGAUCUACAUUUAUGAUUACCCGAAACCUCUGGCACGCGCUCCGGCAGCUCCGAGCAGAUAAAACUGUAGAGAAGUCCUACCUUUGGAUCGACGCCAUCUGCAUCGACCAAACCGAUAACCAAGAACGCAAUCACCAGGUCUCCGCGAUGGGCCAGCUCUAUAGCUCUGCGGCUGAAGUCAUCGUGUGGCUUGGCGAAGGCUCGGAGCACGGUUACUACAUCAUGGAAUUUCUGUGCCGUUUCGAAGAGGCAGGACCCAAGAAGAUGGCCAGAUCAGAUGUGAAGCGAUUUAUGGGGAGUACAAGCCCAAGCGGAAGCCAGGCCAUCCAGACUUUACUUAAUGUGCAAUACUGGAAGCGGAUAUGGAUUAUCCAGGAGAUUGUGUUGGCA